GAACACAAAACUCUCUUUGUCUUCAUUAUCUUUCUUCUCUUUGUUUCUUCUUUUUCUUCUUCUUCCUCAGAAACCAUGAAGAAAAAGACUUACAUUAUUCAGCUUCACCCUAACACCCAAGCAGCUAAAGCCUUUCCCUCAAAGUUAGAAUGGCAUCUUUCUUUUCUCCAAGAAUCUGUUCUAGGUGUUCAAGAAGAAGAAGGCUCUUCCCCUUCUUCACGGAUUCUCUACUCUUACGACUCUGCCAUGGAAGGAUUCUCAGCUCAGUUAACCGAAUCAGAAGCUGAAACCCUAAAAAACUUACCUGAAGUUGUUGCAGUAAGACCUGACCAUGUUCUCCAAGUUCAAACCACUUACUCUUACAAAUUCUUGGGACUCAACGGUCCUGGAAGCUCCAAUGUAUGGUCUAAAUCAAGAUCCGGUCAAGGCACAAUCAUCGGCGUUCUUGACACAGGAGUCUGGCCAGAGAGCCCUAGCUUUGACGAUACAGGGAUGCCUUCUAUCCCAAGUAAAUGGAAAGGUGUCUGCCAACAAGGAGAGAGUUUCACUUCCUCGAGCUGUAACCGUAAACUAAUCGGUGCAAGAUUCUUCAUCAGAGGCCACCGUGUAGCCAACUCUCCUUUAGAAUCACCAAACAUGCCACGCGAAUACAUAUCCGCAAGAGACUCAACAGGACACGGCACUCACACUGCUUCAACAGCUGGUGGCUCCUCUGUUUCUACAGCGAGUGUUCUUGGCAAUGGAGCUGGUGUAGCUCGUGGGAUGGCACCUGGAGCUCAUGUAGCUGUUUACAAAGUCUGUUGGUUCAAUGGUUGUUACAGCUCAGACAUUCUCGCAGCGAUAGAUGUAGCGAUUCAAGAUAAAGUCGAUGUUCUUUCACUCUCUCUUGGCGGUUUCCCUAUCCCUUUGUAUGAUGACACUAUAGCCAUUGGUACCUUCAGAGCCACGGAACAUGGGAUCGCUGUUGUCUGUGCUGCUGGUAACAACGGUCCUAUUACAAGCUCGGUUGCAAACACAGCUCCUUGGGUCUCAACGGUGGGAGCAGGGACGGUUGAUAGAAAGUUUCCAGGUGUGGUUAGGUUAGCUAAUGGGAAGCUACUCUACGGAGAGUCUUUGUAUCCAGGGAAAGGUUUAAAGAAAGCUGAGAGAGAGCUCGAAGUUGUUUACGUCACGGGGGGAGACAAAGGAAGUGAGUUUUGUCUCAGAGGUUCACUUCCAAAGGAGACAAUCCAAGGCAAGAUGGUGAUAUGUGACCGUGGAGUUAACGGAAGAUCAGAGAAAGGACAAGCCGUUAAAGAAGCUGGUGGUGUUGCGAUGAUCUUGGCCAACACUGAGAUUAACCAAGAGGAAGAUUCUGUAGACGUUCAUUUAAUCCCAUCUACGUUGAUAGGCUACGCAGAGUCUGUGAUUUUGAAAGGUUACGUGAAGGACACGGUAAAACCAAAAGCUAGGUUAAUUUUUGGUGGGACUGUUAUUGGGAGGUCAAGAGCGCCUGAAGUGGCUCAGUUCUCAGCGAGAGGACCGAGUUUGGCUAACCCUUCGAUACUUAAACCGGAUUUGAUCGCUCCCGGGGUUAAUAUCAUUGCAGCUUGGCCUCAGAAUCUUGGACCAACGGGGCUUCCUUAUGACUCAAGAAGAGUUAACUUCACUGUCAUGUCGGGAACUUCAAUGUCUUGUCCACAUGUUAGUGGAAUCACUGCUCUUAUCCGGUCUACGUAUCCGAACUGGUCUCCUGCUGCUAUCAGAUCAGCGUUGAUGACGACAGCUGAUUUGUAUGAUCGUAGAGGGAAAGAGAUAAGGGAUGGGAACAAACCAGCGGGUGUGUUUGCUAUUGGAGCAGGGCAUGUGAAUCCGGUUAAGGCGAUUAACCCGGGGUUGGUUUACGAUAUCGAACCGGUGGAUUACAUAGCUUACUUAUGUUCUAUUGGGUUUACAAGAUCAGAUAUCUUAGCAAUCACUCACAAGAACGUUAGCUGUGGUGUGAUACUGAGGAGAAGCCCUGGUUUUAGUCUUAAUUAUCCGUCCAUUUCUGUGGUUUUUAGAGGUGGGAAGAGUAAGGAGAUGAUCACAAGGCGUGUGACUAACGUUGGGAGUCCUAAGUCAAUCUACACUGUGAAUGUUAAGGCUCCUAAAGGGGUCAAUGUGAUUGUAAAGCCUAAGAGGCUUGUGUUUAGUCAUGUGGAGCAAACGUUGAGCUAUAGAGUUUGGUUUGUGUUGAAGAAGGGAAGUAAAGGAGAGAAGGUGGGUGCUAACUUUGCUGAUGGACAGUUGACUUGGGUCAACUCUAGGGAUUUGAUGCAGCGUGUUAGGAGUCCAAUCUCUGUGACUUUGAAGAAUCAUUGAGCUUUGUGUUCAGGAGUUUGUGUUAAGCCUCUCAAUGGUAGAUUUUAGGGUUUUUUAAGCUAUAAAAAACCUUAAGGAAGAGUAGUAAACAAUAAGGAAAGCUACACUUGAGUUGUGAGUGAAGUUGAUUUAUUGAUUGUUGUUGUUGUUAUUCUCAGCAUUAGCUGUAUUUCAUUUUUUUCAGAUUCUUAUAAAUGAAACUUU